UUACCGUCAUACGGCUUUCCAGCGUGAGUUCACACAGGCACCGGCCCGUCAGCGCGCUCGUGGGGAAAGUGGGCGCGAGCGUGCCGGAGGAGUUCGCUCGCGCCGCGGCUCAGGAAGGAACUUCGACGCUCAACUGUCCCAGCAAGACCAAUGAACGCCAAACUGGUCAUGUUUCUUAAACCCUAGCCCACGAAACACCUGGAAUAUCUCGUCAGCUGAUUCCAUUUCAACCCAACACACCUUAACAUGCCCCACUCCUUCUGCUAUUGACCUUUGACCUCUGACAGCAAUGGCGGACCGCUCGGUGGCUCCAGGUCAGAUGUACAUAGAGGUGGAGUAUGACUACGAGUACAAAUCCAAAGACCGUUUGAUAACCAUUAAACAGGGGGAAAGUUACGUGCUUGUGAAGAAGACCAAUGAAGACUGGUGGCAGGUGCGCAAGGAUGAGGCCACUAAACCCUUCUAUGUCCCAGCGCAGUAUGUGCGGGAGGUGCGACGUGCUCUCAUGCCCCCUCCUAAACCCCUCGGUGCAGCAGGCCGAGGGGGGACUGGACCCAUUCGACCAUCUGGCCUGGAGAUUCAGCGGCCAUAUGACAACAAAAAGAGCCCGUGUCCCUCUCCCUCUGGCAGUGCUUUACUGCCGCCCAGGGAUGACAGAGGCAGCCCGGGCAGCCCGACGGCGCUCGUCCCCCCCACACAAAUGAACACUUCACCUGGCUCACUUCCUCGUUCCAGAGCCGAGUCCCCAAGUCACAAAGUAGAUGGAGAUAAAGAGUUAGAGAAGAGCAGUCGAGGACUGGAAAAAGAUGCAAUUCAUGAAGAGUUUGCCAGAGAGGGAGGCGGCUUGGAUAAGAACCGAAAUGAUUCAGAAUCCGGGGAUGAUCUCAGCAGCGGUUCAACUGAUAACCUACAGAUUUUAGGUUCAGGGCAGGGCAGGCCUGGCUCUCCUGUCUACACAAACCUACAGGAGCUGAAGAUCUCUCAGUCCUCCACCCCUCCAUUGCCGUCCUCCUCUCCGCUCCACACCAAUGGCGACUGGGAGACUCACAAAGAUCAGAAAGGCAGACACUUCUACUACAACCGCAGCACGCAGGAGAGGACCUGGAAACCCCCACGGGCACGGGACAGCUUCACCAGGAAAGAGGAGAAACAAGACAUGACUGACACUGAGUUUCUGUCCUCAGAGGAAAACUGUCUGAGCAGCCAAUCAGACAGCCAGUACGGUUCGCCCCCUAGAGGCUGGUCUGAGGAAAUGGAUGAGCAUGGACACACUCUCUAUGUGUCUGACUAUACUAAUGAGAAGUGGUUGAGACACACAGAUGAGCGAGGCCGGCUGUAUUACUACAGUGCAGAUGGCUCCAGAUCUGAGUGGGAACUUCCUAAAAUCGGUCUCAAAUCACAGUCUAACCACUCAGCUCUGCUACCAGGAGAUGCGCACAAAACUCGUAGUCUUGACCGGAGACUGCCUGAUUCCAUUCCUAUCAGGACGAGACACAGCGUAUAUUUACACGAGUCCAAUGACAAGUUAAAACAGAAAUCCGUCAAAGACCGGCGAACCUUACCCCCGCACCGCAAAAGCACCUUCCGCUCUCACCCUUAUAGGCCACAACCAUCAGAGAAAUGUGGCACUUUAAACAUGACUAAAAUCACUGAACAUGGAAAGAAGGUCCGGAAGAACUGGACCUCCUAUUGGACAGUUUUGCAGGGUUCUUCACUACUAUUUAAUAAGGGCCAAGGGGGCGGGACUGGUUGGUUUGGAAGAGACCAGAAGCUGGAGUUUAGUGUGGAACUCAAAGGCGGUUCAGUAGACUGGGCAUCUAAAGACAAAUCCAGCAAGAAACAUGUUCUAGAGCUGAAGACUCGACAGGGCAUGGAGCUCCUCUUGCAGUCAGAUAACGAGAGCCUCAUCAAUGAGUGGCACAAGGCUUUGAUUGAAGCCAUACACACAUAUGCUUGGGAGUCUGAUGAGGCCAUUGAAGAAGACAUGCCAGAAUCUCCUGACACUGAGAAACAUGACAAAGAAAAAGAGCAAAGAAACUCCAAGAAGGGCAGAGGUGUGUGUGUGUGUGUGUGUCUAUCGAAGAAGAAGACCAAGCUGAUGAAGCUCCUCACAGGCAGACCCACUUUACAGGCCGUCAAAGACAAGGGUUACAUUAAAGAUCAGGUGUUUGGCUCCAGUUUGAGCAGUCUUUGUCAGAGAGAAAGUACCACCGUCCCUCACUUUGUCUCGAUGUGCAUUGAGCAGGUGGAGAAGAACGGGUUAGGAGUGGAUGGUUUGUACAGAGUCAGUGGAAAUUUGGCCAUUAUACAAAAACUGAGAUUUGCUGUUAAUCACGAUGAAAAAGUGGAUUUAGGGGACAGUAAAUGGGAGGACAUUCACGUAACCACUGGAGCCCUGAAGAUGUUUUUCCGUGAGCUGCCAGAACCUCUAUUCCCCUUCGCUUUCUUCAACAACUUCAUCACCGCUAUCAAAAUGCCAGAUUAUAAGCAGAAAGUUCAGGCAGUUAAAGAUCUGAUGAAGCAACUGCCACGGCCAAACCACGACACCAUACUGGCGCUCUUCAAACACUUGAAGAAAGUAAUCCAGCAUGUCGACGAAAACAGGAUGACCACGCAGAGUGUAGCUAUCGUGUUCGGCCCGACACUCCUACGCCCAGAGGUAGAGACGGCAAAUAUGGCCGUGCAUAUGGUCUACCAGAAUCAGAUCGUUGAGCUCAUUCUUAUGGAAUAUGAGACCAUAUUCGGCAGGUAGGUCACACGCACAGGAACCCUUUGACCAAACCCAACGGGACACAGUUACUGCUGAAGACCGACAGCCCAAUGGCUGCCAGACUGAACACUGAACAUAACGUACGUUUACAUGAGAGGAACACCCGUAUUAGA